AUGACAGUACUAAAACUUUUACAUUUUCGAAAGCAUCAUAGAAUUUCUCUUAUAUUUUUUGCAAGUGAUAGGGGAGCAUCUCAUGUUAAGCUACAUUGGCCUGCUCGUUUGAAGAUUGUACGAGGAAUCGCACAAGGAAUGCAUUAUCUUUACACAGUACUUGGUUCCUCGGAUCUUCCACACGAGUAUCUCAAGUCCAUCAAUGUUCUCCUUGGACCAGACAAUGAACCAAUGCUUGUGGAUUACGGGUUCAGCCACAUGGUUAACCCUUCAACCAUUGCACAAACAUUAUUCGCUUACAAGGCACCAGACGUAGCACAACAAGGCCAAGUUUCACGCAAUUGCGUUGUUUACUGUCUUGGUGUUGUGAUAAUUGAGAUAUUGAUAGGGAGGUUCCCUUCUCAGUAUCUCAGCAAUGGAAAGGGUGGGGCUGAUGUGGUGCAAUGGGUGGAAACUGCAAUCUCUGAGGGAAGGGAAUCAGAAGUGCUUGAUCCUGAGAUUGCAGGCUCUAGGAAUUGGCUUGGUGAGAUGGAGCAACUCCUCCACAUUGGUGCUACUUGCACUGAAAGCAACCCUCAGCGGCGGUUAGACAUGGCGGAAGCCGUUAGAAGGAUAAUGGAGAUUAAAUUCGAGUGUGGACAUGAAUCAACAAGCCUUGCAUAUUCUCAUCAUGCUGAACAAUCACAGAGGAGACAUGGAACAAACAGCUUCGGAAGCUGGGAUAAUAUCGAAUAUGGCAGCUCCUAG